AAUAUUGACAGUACCUUAAAUGCGAAUAAUAAUGAACAAUGAUUUCAUGAAAGAUUGGGAUUGAGUAGGAUAGCCGUACAAGAACGGUAGCGGAUGUGUUGUGAUACAUGUGUUGUGGUGGCUGCUCCUUCACUGCUCAUGUACAGCAGCUUGCUGCUAUUCUAACAAGUCAAGAUGAAAGAGGUUCCAUUAAGUACUUGCGAGAGAACAUCAAUAGUGUCCACCAUUCAGGCUGGGCUUCGAUAUGACAACCGAGAGUUUCUCGAAGUUCGAGACAUAACGCUUACUUUUGGUAAGGAUUAUGGAUGCUGCACUGCCACCAUUGGACAGACUAGAGUGAUAGCUCAGGUAACUUGUGAAGUGGUUGAGCCAAGGCCAUCUCGACCGAGUGAAGGCAAAUUAUCAAUUUCUGUUCACUUAUCACCCAUGGCUGCACCCCAUUUUGAACCUGGAAGAGGAAAUGAUCUUGUUGACGAGUUGCAGUUAAUCCUGGAUAGAAAUAUCAAAGAGUCACGGUGUCUUGAUCUUGACUCCCUGUGUAUCAUGGCAGAGGAGUGUGUGUGGCAUAUUCGAGUGGAUGUCACGGUUCUGAAUCAUGCAGGUAACCUAGGCGAUGCAUGUAAUAUAGCUUCUGUUGCGGCUCUACGCCAUUUUCAUCGUCCUGAUGUAACAGUAGAAGAAGACGGGCGUGUCACCAUUCACACUCUGAAGGAGCGUGAACCUAUUCCCACAUUCAUGAAGAAAGUGCCUGUUUGCCUCACAUAUGCAUUUUUUGUAGUUGAUGAUAAGUAUUAUAUGCUUAUGGAUCCCACUGAAAAAGAAGAAAGGGUGAUGUCUGGGAAGUUAAUGGUUGGCUUAAAUCCUCAUGGAGAGAUAACCUCACUCGUAUUUCCAGGCAGAGUGUCACUUCAGAAAGAACAAAUUAUGGGUUGCAUUCGUAAUGCAUUUUCUAAAGCUAAAGCUUCAGCUGAAAUGGUACAAAAAUCAGUAGAUGAAGACUUAGAAAGGAGGAAAGCACUGAUCAAACCAGAAGGCUUUACCAAUUGCCUUACAUCUGAUGAAACCUACUUAAAGCAGAGAAUCAUGAGAAAAAUAAAAAGUAAAAACAAAUCAGAAUUUAGAAUUCCACAGGAACCUGUAGAAGACCUCCAGGAUCUGAUGGAAGUAGUGCAAGUUGCAAAAGAUCCAUUUGAGUCAGAUGAAGAAGCCUUACCGACACCACCUAUGAAAAUAAAGAAGCACAUUACAGAGACAACAACGAGCAAAGCCAUGGAUGUGUCCAGUGACAGUGAAGAGGAAGAAGUGACAGGAAAAUUGACUUCGAAAGAUUUGCAAUAAAUUGUACUCAAUUACCACUCAAUAAAGUAUGUGAUUAA